GUCAGGGUACUUAUGGCCACGGUGAGGAAACGUCAGAGAAAUUGGCCGUGAUUUCCACUUUUUUGGUUUUUGAAGUCCAGUUUGCGUUGCUGUAUGCCCAGUCUAGGUUACCCCUGUGAAUAUAUCAGUUUCUUAUAAAGUCAUAAAUACCCUGUUAUGAUUUAUUACUCUGUAUUUUGCCUCUGAAUGAUAAUAAGUGAAGAGUAAAACCUUGUGCGUCGUCUGCAGUUUUGGAUCUUCCAGUGUUGGUGAAUUUUUGUAGUUUAUUAUCAGUUAAACAAAAUCACUGAGAUGGCAGAGAGUGAAGUUAAGAAGGACUGUGAGGUGAUUGACCUGGAAGAUGCUAUGGGGGCUCUCAUAACCUCAGAGAAUUACAUCAUUGUUGAUAUUGGAGCUAACCUGACCAACAAGAAGUUCACAAGGGACCUAGACUCCGUUGUGUCAAGAGCUCGAGAUGCAGGAGUUCGCAAGAUCAUGGUGACGGGCAUCACAGUACAGAGCAGCAAAGAUGCACUUCGCCUAACACGCCUCUUCCCUGAGACACUCUACUCAACAGCAGGUGUCCAUCCUCAUGAAGCCAAGUCAUGGGAUGAUGAAACAGAAGAGGCACUAAGAGAACUAGCAGCUAAUCACGAAGUAGUGGCCAUAGGCGAGUGCGGACUGGACUUCAACCGAAACUUCUCUCCUCAGGAUGUCCAGCUUGAGGUCUUUGAAAAACAGGUCUCUUUGGCAUGUGAACUGAGGAAACCUUUAUUUGUACACGAACGAGAUGCUCACAAGGAGGUACUAGAGGUGUUGGGGAAGUAUAAAGGUCGUCUGCCAGCAGUGGUAAUACACUGCUUCACUGGGGAUGCUACCCAGGCAACUGCCUACCUCAAGGAAGGCUGCUACAUUGGACUAACAGGAUAUGUGUGGAAAGAUAAAUCUGAGGAUGGCGUACGACGAAUUUUGGAGGAUGGAGUUGUUCCUCUUGAUCGUCUCUUAGUGGAAACUGACUCGCCGUUUAUGUAUCCCAACACCCGUGCCUCCAAACUUCCCCCCUAUGUUAAAGAGACACUCACGGAAAGAUCUUUGACGUUUCUUCACCGGUAUUGCACCUUCCAGCGUAACGAACCAUGUUCCCUUCCAGUAACUAUUGAGAUGAUUGCAGCUUACAUGAAGAAGAAGUCGGAACAGGUAGCUCUCCAAACCACUUUCAAUGCUCUUAAGGUAUUUGGUUUAAGCACUUGAGCAAUAGGAAUAUAGGAACUUUUAUACCAGUAAUGUCUGCAGUGUAAUAUCCAAUGAUUGUAGGAACCUGCUGCUCUCUAUAUUUUAAUUGGAUUUAGUAAUUGUUUAUUUCUUAGAAAAAUUAAUUACUCCAAUUAUAUUAUUAUCUUAUGGGUCUUUUUCAGGAAGACUAUCUAAAGAAUACAUUAUCCUUAAAGUAGCAAAGUUUUGUUGGUAUCCUACUUUUACACCAGACUCAAGUUUUUUUUUUACAAUCUAGUUAACCUCUGCAGCAGCUGAUCUCACAGAGUUUGCCUUUACAAGAUUAAAGGUUAAAGGAUGUAGAUGCCAAUCAAAGAGUGUUGCCAUCCUAAAUACUCUUUUUUUAUCAUACUAGAUCAAGCUGUUGAUUGGUUCAUUAGUUAGAAUUAAAUUGUAUUUGCCCAUUUGUCAGUGAAGGUACUUCCAAACUUUGAAGACUUUCUCCAUCAUUUAUGGUAGUGUGAAGAAUGAAGUUAGUGGUAAUGCAGUGCCAUCUCAUGAGAAAUUGUUUUGUUCAAGCUUUCCCAAUUACCCUAGUCAGGCGCACUCAACUGGUAAUAUGAAGACUGGUUUGUGUCUGCCUAUCUGGUGUAAUGCGAAGGGCAACUAUGACCAGAUUCUCACCUGAGUAAGUGCAGGUUAAAUACUCAUUUGUUUAUAUUUUUAUCCAAUAUGAAUUGAAAAUAUACUUUAUUGAGAAGUGCAGUACAAGUAUUUCUCCAUGGUAUGUUUUUUAAUUGUAAGCAGUGGAAACACUGCACCAUUUAAAUUGAUGUAAAAUGUCAUGUAUGUGUUUAUGAGCAUUCUAAAUAAAAUCUCUGAAGGCCUGGGUUUAUCUCUGUAUUUUUUAUGAUAAAUAUUAUUGUGAUAAAUGAUGGUGCUCUUGUGUAAUACUGUACUGUAGUACAUUUAAUAUCAUAGUUGUGAUAUUUGUAAUAAAAGUGCCUAUCCCUAAAUUUAUAAACAUUAUUGCUGGAUUUUGGGGUAAUGCAGUCAGUGCCUGUAAUGUCCAGUAUAUCAGUAAAUCUACUGUAUAUGGGCACUUUAACUCAGAGCUUGGAUUAAAAUAAAAUUUAAAAUUUUUCCCUGUAUCUGUGCUAGCACUUUAGGUUGACAAAAUAUUUUUUCUUGAUGCUUUAUUUUUCCUUGAAAACCAAAUUCUAGUCCUUGUUUACCUAAUUUUUCCUGCUUGAUCAUGCGGUAUCAAGUUGUGGGCAUCAUUGCAUGUGUUCAUCUUUUGUGUUUGCCACUCAUCUUCAUAUAGUGUUUGGUGUAUUCAGAUCACUGUUUUUUUUUCAUCCUUUGUCUUGUGUAAUGGAGAUGUGUUUUAAAUACCGUAUAUUAAACCUUUAAAUAUUUAGCUUUAUAGUUGGAUUCUUUGAAUAGAAAUAAAAUUGUUAAAGAUAACUUAUUUAUUGAGGUAUGGAGGCAGUCAGUUGCCACGAUGUUUAUGGAUGGUGUUACAAGGGGUACCCUCUUUAGAUUGUUGCAACUGAUAUUUAUGACAGAUCAAUGAAUGUAUCAUAUCGCAUAUAAACUCUAAUAACUCUAAAGCAGCGUUUCGAUAUAGAGAGUUUUAUAUCUCGUAAAUUUUAAUUGUUUGUGGAGUACUGUAAUGUAAUUACAAACCUUGUUAUGCACUUGAAGACUUUAGUAAAGGUUAGUUGAAGUGCAAUAACAACAUUAGUAUGCAAAAUGUAGUUACUUGAAGACCUGCUCUGUGCUAUCAUUGUAGGACAGUACUUCUCAUUCUCAAACCCUUCACCACUUUGUAAUCUAAUAUUUUGACUAGAUACGUAUUAUACCAUGGUGGUGAAGCACAUGGAUGAAAUAUUCUAUACGUGUUUCCUCUGUAUUUGAAUUGUCUUGGAGGGGUCAAGUCUUUCAACUGUUUAUGAAGCUUUAUAAUGGUAUGACACUAUCAUUUCCCAUAAACAUGUUAUUGUCUCAACCUCUUGCUUUCUCCAAACUUGAGCAGAGGUUUGUCAUUGUACAAAGUGUACAAUGAAGCCUAUUGAUCAGAAGGUCUUAUAGGGUAAUUCAUGCUAAUUGUGGUGGUACUGUCUAUUCUGAAGUCAUUGUACUCUUCAUUGUCAGACAUCUGUCCAGUUUAAAAGGAUCUGGAAAUUACCUGGACAGUAGACAAACAUUGUCCAAGGAUCCUCCUCCCCGUGAUUUCUAUUUUGAAGUUAAAGUUUAUUCAUUUGUCACACCUAAGAAUUUCAUGGAUUUUUAUCAUACUGGAGCAUAUCAGAGUUUAAUGAAGUGAUACAGAUAUUUGUACUCUUUCACUUGUUCAUGGUGUCCGUCCGACAACAAAUUUAUACUGUAGGUAAAGAUUGAAACCUAGCUUUAAAAAAAUAAAUAAAUAAAUAAAAUUCUAUGACAUUACACAUAAAUCUCCCCAGCCAUACACAUGUAAGGCAUACCUCAUGUCAAGACCCCUACAGAGGCAACACUCACUUUUAACAGAAUAACCAUGCUUUGUUUUCAAACUUUCUGGUAUCUAUUAAACCCUUUCGCCAGCCACUCGUGUGGUUCAACUCUCACCUGUAGACCAACCGAUGGCGCAAAUUGUGUCAUCCAAAAUGCAUAGAUUUUUCUUUUAUUUUAUUUUUUUUAUUUACCAUUUAUUGGUAAAAUAAUGCAAAUUUUUUCUUUGAAUUUAUUUACUUAUGAAAAUAAACUUUGAUUAAGUGAUAAAACAACAAAAUAGUUGAUUAAUGAUAUGGGAUGGCUGAAAAUGAGUGUGGAAAGAUAAUACCUUAUGUGCCAGUGUGAGCGCUCAGGGUCAUGGGACACUUGUCACUGCCCGGCAAAAGGGUUAAUUUCAUACUAAAUUUACUCUUAAACUCAGUCAACAGAGCAAGUAUAAGGUGACCCUUACAAUAUCAUGUAAAUUAAAUACAGUUGCCCAUCUUGUAUUGAUUCACACAUCCACAAUUGAUUUAUUUUCUUCCCAAGUGGUCUUUAUUUUGUUUUUAAAUCUGACCUGUAAUUACUCUUUGUUCCAUCUUCUACUCAUUCUGAAACAUAUUCUUUCAUUUACUGUAUAGGUAUCCACACUCCUGUCACUCCGAACCUUAAUAUUUCUGUCUUUUAUUUUCUAAACUAAAUACUAAAUCCUUUCCAAUUGCCCCAAUAUUAAACCUAGCCUUCACAUUUCUUCAAUUAUUUUAUAACAGUUUUGACUUGUAUAUUGGUUUAUCAGUCAUGUAAUAAUACAACCCUUUUAUUUAUUUUUUUUUUUUUUGAGUGCUCAUAAUUUUUUUAAAUUCAUGUGUGUGAAAGAUUGUACUACACACCAUUGCACUCUUUAUACGCUGUAGUAACAGGUGAGUGAUACUGACAUUUAUCAGGCUUACACUACUCCCUUUUUUUUAUUCUUCCUAAGCAAGUCAUACACACAACUCACCUUAGAAGAAAUCAAGUUCAUUUAUGGUUCUAAGCACAGCAGUUUAAAAUCUCACCUUGUUAGAAUUGCACCUCCUCUUCCUCCUGCUGCCCUAAACACCUGGGCUGGUAAGACCAACUUGUAAGCAUUGUCACUCUUGUAACUGUUGUCCUCCCAUUCUUAAGUUUUCCAUUGUGUCUUAUAAUUUUGGCUGUGCUCACAUGGCACUUAACUUAAUAAUAAGUAUGUGGGCAUAAAAGUCUCAUUAAUUAUUUUUGUAUUUUUCUGUGUUAUCAGUUUAUGGUAUUAUAUAAUUGUAAUAUAAUAUCAUAUUUUAGUAGUACCUUUGUUUGCUUUUUAUUAAUUUGCAACUGUAUCUUUUAUUAUUACAGUAUUUCCAUAAGGAAUGAAUAGUAGGGUAAUUCUUUAUUUGCUUAAAUUGUAAUUGGAAGAUGAAUGUGUCAAAGUGCAUUGUCUUAUUUAUUUACUUAUUUAUUAUAUGUUCAAUGCAGGAGUCCCCUGCAUUACUGAUAACGUCACAGCCAAAGAAGCAAAACUUCUCCCUAAUACAUUAUCAAUAUUCAUAAAUAGAUAGGUCCCUCUAAUCAUGUCAUGUGUUAUGGUUGCUAACCCUUGAAUGUGAUAAUUUAAUCCUGAGUACAAUAUUGUUGCACUCAAGGGAAUAGGUCAUCAAAUUCAAAGGGUUUUAACAUCAUUUAUAAAGGAUUAUGCUAUCUGAAUCAUUGAGGUAAUUUAUUUUGUUCAGGGGGCUGGCAUUAGACUCAAGGAAUUAACUUGCCACACUGCCCUCCAUACAAGCAAUUGAAUAAAAUACAGAUAUCCAUUUUCAAUGUCCGUUCUGUCAAUAUCCAUCAGUCGUAGUAAUUAAUUUUGUGUCCGUCCAUCUGUAAUAAGAGUCACUCUUGCUGGUCCAUCACAAGUAUUGAGAGAUGGAUGUAGAAAUGUAAAAAGAAAGGAGGUUUUAAUAAUGGUGGUGCAAGAGUUUUACAAAAUGAUGAAAAUCAUAUUGAUAACAGCAGGGAGUUAGGAACAGUGCACGUCUAUCUUGUUUUAUAGUAUUCUGUUUAUUGAUUAUUACAACAUACAUUACCCAGUUUAGAGUGUGCAAACUUGGCUUUUAUAUGUUAAAUAUUACUUUUUCUUUACUUAUAUCCUUUUCGCCACUGAUCGGCUCAGUAGUCGCUUGGGCGGUCGGUCACAUCUCUGUUACGCACUGUUGGCAAGUACUGGGCAUGCACUGGCUCCUGAAUGUAUUUGAACCAACCAACACUGAUCAAGUCUGGCAGGUUGUUCCAAGAGUUCAUAUUCUCACUCUGAAAAAGUUUACCCUCACAGUUUCUGGGCUUGUGGCUUCUUCAACCUUGAGCUGUGACGCCUUGUGGGGCAGGCGUCCGCCAGGUCCAAGGUAUGAACACUCAACUGAGCAGUGCCCUUUGAGAUGUUUACACACCUCAAUUAGGUCACCCCUUACCUGUCUGUAGUAUAAGCUAGGCAGUUGCAGGUGCUCUAAUCUCUAUGGAUAGCUGAGGUGCCAAAAGUAAGAAAAUUGGGUAAUUUUAAUUAAUUACCCAUUUUUCAACUCGGGUUGUAGAGCAACACAUUUUACUCAUUUUUCGAGAUUAUGGAUUGCGGCUUUAAGUUUAAUUUGGUUAUGAUAAAUUCAGUGAGAAAUAAUGAUAUAUUAGGUCCUUGGAGUUGCUACAGGAAUAAUGAUUUAAAUUUGAUCAUCUAGCUGCAUAUGUAUUUACAUAAAAGGUUAUUACUCCACUAAAAAAUUUUGCUGCAAUUUGAACUAAAAUGGAGUGGUCAUGGCUCAGGUAUUUGAAAGUAAAAUUUGUAUUAAAAAUGACUAUAACACCAGCCUCUAGGAAGGGAAAGCUAGAGGGUGCCCCUCAAAUACCAUGACAAGCCUUUAUCAUGAAAAUAGAGACAUGCUGUACUGUAUAUAUGUUUGGUGGAAUUUCUAUACUGUACUUAUUAAGUCCUUUAUAAAUUUAAUUUGUAAUCCAAAAUUUCCUAACUAUAGCUCCAACUUUCAUGUCACUUUAAUAGGAAAGAGACAUAUGUAUGAAGAAAGGUGGUGGCAAAAACUGGAGUGUUCAUGUAGGUGCUACAUACAAUACUCAUACAAGAGACAAAAAGUCAUAGUGGAUCUUUUGCCAGAAGACCAAUUAUGGAAACUGCUGGUUCAAGUUGUUCAUUCAUAAAUACUGUAAAUGCUGGCAAAACCACUGUUCCUUUUGAAUUAUUAAGUAUCCAUGCCCAAGUACAGUAAUGAUAUUAAGGAAAAGUUUUUGAGUUGUAAGAUGACUUCAAACAACUCUUCCUAUGUAAGGUGCUUAGGAAUGCCUUUAUUUUUCCUAAACUUGAAAUUGUUAGUUUUUGAUAGAAGGAGUAAGUAGUGGCACCAAUUGUGCUCCUCAUAAGGAUAAAAAUCUGUAUUUUACUCUUACGUGAAAUUACCAAAAAUAUUGACUUACAAAAUCAAAUGGAAAAUCAUAAUUUUUUGUGGUAUUUUUUUUUUUUUUUUUUUAACUGUUGUGUUUACAGUUUGAGGUGCUGAUUCACCAUGGGUUCAGGUUCUGUAAUGUUUGUCAAUUUUCUUCCUCCGGGGAUAAGGUAAUACACCUAGUUAUGGUAAAGUCUUGGUAUAAAAUCAAUGCCAUUUUUAGAUGUUAAUUUUAUGCUGUAGGUGGGAGAACUCACGUAAAUUCUUUCUUACAUCUCCAAUAAUGAGGAAAAAACAGCAUACAGUCCUGACCUUUGAGAAUCUGGGCCAUAGUAUCCUUACAAAUUGCUGAGAGUGUUUUAUUUUAGCCUUAAAGCAAUUUAAACUCACAAAUGUUUGAUUAUCUGUCUUUUGAAUGGAUGCCAUUCUGCCUUGGCAGGAAAUUGUAUGAUAAAGCUAUUCUAAUUCAUUAUUCAUUGUUAAUGUACAGAUAAACUAGGCAUGUGUGCCUCAUUGUAAAUGCAGUCAUGGAUGAAAGGGUAUUUGUUUUUAUUUAAUUUCACUUCAGUUAUGUAAGAUAGUGAAAAUCUAUACUGUACUGUAUUUCAAACACAUUUACGUUACAUGAAAAAAGUUUUAUAAAAACUUAAACUCAGAGCCAGAAUAUAUUUUGAGGAUUAGCUUAUGUGAUCUUUUUUUCUCUUUAUUGUAUUUUUGUAUAGAAAAAAUCGGUGAUUGUAUUUACUGUAAAAAAGAGAAUGUAAGAUAAUUGGAAUUGUUCUGUAUAGAUUAUUUUCAUAGAUCAAGUUUAUUAAACCCUAGCUUGUUGAUAUUGAAUGUUAAAGAUUGUUCUCCACCAUUGUUUUGUAAAACGAGUUAGUUAUUUUCCUUAAUAGAUCUUAUUUAAUGCCAAGGUAAAAAUUCUUGAAUAGGAUUUUUCUUAAAAUUAUAUGAAUAUUGAUCAGACACCACUAUGAGUUAAUGUUAGAAUUUUAUUGUGAAGAAUAAUGUAAAUGUCUCUUAAGGUGUCCAAAUGUUACGAAAUACUGCUAUAAGUAUGUGAUUUAUAAUAAUUUAAUCAGGUGACAUAGUAUACAGUAAUGUUUUAACAACUAGUUUGUGUGUGCUGAGAAAUUAAUUCAGUAAAAGGUUCACUAACAUUCUUCUUGUUCACGUAAAAUCAAAAAAUUCUACAAAGAACGGUGUGAUUAUACAUGUUGAAGAACUGAUUAUCAGUCUUUAUGGUGUUAACUGUUAACUUUGUGCCUUGGAAAAUAGCUGUAGAUUUAAGUAAUGCCUGUUUGAGGGUGAUAGUUUGUAUUAUUGUCUACACCUUUUGCAGAGAAUUUUUUAUGGCCAACCACAAUAAAGCUUGCCAUUAUGUAAGGGAACCCCAAAGAGAGGUUAUUUACAUAUGUUCCACAUGGGUUUGUGUACAUCAAACUGUUUUUCAAGGACACAGAUGCUACUCGAGUAGUUUUGUAAUCUUGUUGGGAGAAUCCUGUUGGAUCUUCCUUUAAGGUUUGUGCUUUCAUACUCACAGCAAUGUUUAACAUUUGUCAACAUAGAACCUGGCUUGCCAGUUAAGUAUUUGCGUGUGACAAAGCACUGAUGAAUGUUGCCCAUUUUGUUCCCCUCUCUCUAUAGCUAAUAGUCAUAAGAUCUCAGUAUAAUCAUCUAAAAGAAUGCAGAAGUUUGAUUUUUUAUAUACCUUCAGAAUCACACAGGUACACUGUUCAUAUAAGCCACCAUAUAGUCAGGCAGGCUUGUAAGUAUGUAUAUAAUUAAACUACUGUGAUGAA